GGGUCGUUUGGUACUGGGUCUAGUGAGGGCCUCGUUUGUUUAAGAAAAGCGAGCGAGUCGAGUUGACCUGUGCUGCGCAGCUGCGACUUGGUACUUUGAAAUUAUAACGUUCAAUUAAAACCGUCGCUCCAUGACAGAUUGAUUAUUUUUUAUAUUUCAUUCUCUUCAGAAGAUUGGUUGAUUCCACAGAGUUCCCAAACUGAAUAUCCAAUCGGAGUCUGUACUUCAUUCUGAGAGCUUCAAGUCCUGCCUAUUGAGAUGAAAGCGCUGACAGAACCUGUGAUGGACAGCACAGAUUACACAGGGCUGGAGCUGAGAUCCAGUUUGAUUAAAAGUGAAGACGCAGAGGAGAGUAUAGAGGGGAAGAAUGGAUGUGGGAUGAGCAGGGAGGAAGAACUCAUUCUCUCCAACAUAAAGGAAGAGGAGGAGGAAGGUGGGGAGAGGCAGAGGGAGGAGGUGAAGACAGAGGAUGGUGUGAAAGACAAAGAGAGAAAUGAAACGGCGCAAACUUCUAAAAUUGACCAAGAGCUGAAAAGAAAAUUAAACUGCAGGAAACAGGAAGAGGAAGGCUUGUCAACUCAGGUCACUUCCUGUCUGUCCAAACAGCCAAGUGUACCCUCUCCUGGAUCUCCUGUCAUCUCCUGCAGUAAAGGGCAGUCUGAGGUGUUUGCCUGCUCCCAGUGCCCAUUCGCUCACCUGGAAGAAGUGAAGCUUCACCAGCACGUUGAGAAGGUGCACCCAGAGGAGCACAGCAGGAUUCUGAGAUCUGGAGGAAACGGAGAAGAGAAGCCACCGCUUCCCAGCAGCACACAUCAGCACCCCACAUCCCCUAAAGCACUGCCCACACCAACACAGGCCCACACAGGCACUGCAGGGGCCCACACCUGCUCCCACUGUGGGAAGAGCUUCAGAUCAAAAUCACGCUUGACAACGCAUGAGCGAAUUCAUACAGGAGAGCGACCCUACCACUGUUCCCAGUGUGGGAAGGGCUUCAGGUCUGUAUCGCAUGUGAGAGCUCAUGAGCGAAUUCACACACCAGAACUCCCUUACAACUGCUCUCAGUGUGGGAAGAGCUUCAGGUUUAAAUCACGUUUGACGGUACACCAGCAUAUCCAUUCUGGAGAGUGUACAUACCACUGCUCCAAGUGUGAGAAGAGUUUUGAAACGAAAUCACGUCUGACAACGCACGAGCGAUCGCAUUCAGGGGAGAACCCUUUCCACUGCCCCCAGUGUAGCAAGAGUUUCAGAUUUCUAUCGCACCUGAGAGAACAUGUGCGGAUUCAUACAGGCGAGCGCCCAUACCAUUGCUCUGACUGUGGGAAGACCUUCACCCAUUCAAACGCUUUCAACCGACACAAGCGAAUCCACACAGGAGAACGACCCUACCACUGCUCCCAGUGUGGGGAGAAUUUCACUCAUUCAGGCAGUCUGACGGAGCACAUGCGACGUCAUACGGGGGAGCGGCCAUACCGCUGCUCCCAAUGUGGACAGACGUUCAGUCACUCCAGCAGUCUCCGCUCACACGAACGUCGUCAUACGGGAGAGCGGCCAUACCACUGCUCCCAGUGCGAACAGACAUUCAACCACGCCAGCAGUUUGAAGUCACACCAGCGCCGUCAUACGGGAGAGCGCCCCUACCAGUGCUCCCAGUGCGAGAAGAGCUUCAGAUUUGCAUCAGACCUGACGGUACACCAGCGAAUUCAUACAGGAGAGCGCCCAUACCAGUGCUCCCAGUGCGGGGAAACCUUCAGUCACUCCAGCAGUCUGUCAUCGCACCAGCGCCGUCAUACAGGAGUGCGCCCAUACCAGUGCUCCAAGUGUGAUAAGACCUUCAGAUUCGCAUCAAACCUAACCGCCCACCAGCACGUUCAUACAGAGGAGCACACAUAACCCUGUCCCCAGUGUGGGAAGAGCUUCACGUAUGAUCCAAUCAGAGUCUGUGUGUCAUUCUAAGAGCUUCAAGCCCCUCCCCUUCAGGUGAAGACAGGAAGACGGAACCUGUGAUGGACCGCACAGACUACACAAGGCUGGAGCUGAGAUCCAGUUUGAUUAAAAGUGAAGACGCAGAGGAGAGUAUAGAGAGGAAGAAUGGAUGUGGACUGAGCAGGGAGGAAGAACUAAUUCUCUCCAACAUAAAGGAAGAGGAGGAAGAUGGUGUGACCGAUGAAGUGGUUGAAAGGAAUGACUGGGACGCAGAAAGUGAGGGGGGUGAACAGGGGGAGGGAGAUGUAAACGACCAGGCCCUCCAGACUGACAGGAUAUCAUAUGUCAAGCAGGAAGAGGAAAGCAUGGUUACUUCCUUUGUAAUCGAAGAGUCUACAGUACCCUCCCUUGGAUCUCCUGUCAUCCCCUCCAGGGCUGGAAAAACAGAUUCCAACGUUUCCACCAUGGGCAAGACAAAGGAGCUGUCUGAGGACAUCAGGGACAAAAUUGUAGACCUGCACAAGGCUGGGAUGGGCUACAAGAAAAUAAGCAAGCAGCUUGGUGAGAAGUUAACAACUGUUGGAGCAAUUAUUAGAAAAUGGAAGAAACACAAAGUCACAGCCAAUCUCCCUCGGUCUGGGGCUCCACGCAAGAUCUCGCCUCGUGGGAUAUCAAUGAUCGUGAGAGAGGUCAGGGAUCAGCCCAGUACUACACAGGAGGAGCUUGUUAAUGACCUGAAGGCAGUUGGGACCACAGUCACGAAGAGAACCAUCAGUAACACACUACACCGUGAAGGAUUAAAAUCCUGCUGCGCUCGCAAGGUUCCUCUGCUGAAGAAGGCACAUGUACAGGCCCGUCUGAAGUUUGCCAAAGAACACCUGGAUGAUCCAGAGGAGGCUUGAAGAAGUGUUUCAGCCCGUAUCUCUGCUUGCCUGAGGGACAUCCAGAGCUGGAUGGACAACCACCAUCUAAAGCUCAACCCAGAUGAUCCAAUCAGAGUCUGUGUGUCAUUCUAAGAGCUUCAAGCCCCUCCCCUUCAGGUGAAGACAGGAAGACGGAACCUGUGAUGGACCGCACAGACUACACAAGGCUGGAGCUGAGAUCCAGUUUGAUUAAAAGUGAAGACGCAGAGGAGAGCAUAGAGAGGAAGAAUGGAUGUGGACUGAGCAGGGAGGAAGAACUAAUUCUCUCCAACAUAAAGGAAGAGGAGGAAGAUGGUGUGACCGAUGAAGUGGUUGAAAGGAAUGACUGGGACGCAGAAACUGAGGGGGGUGAACAGGGGGAGGGAGAUGUAAACGACCAGGCCCUCCAGACUGACAGGAUAUCAUAUGUCAAGCAGGAAGAGGAAAGCAUGGUUACUUCCUUUGUAAUCGAAGAGUCUACAGUACCCUCCCUUGGAUCUCCUGCCAUCCCCUCCAGGGCUGGAAAAACAGGUGAAAUAAAUAUGCAUAUUGGUUUAUGUGUAAUAUUUUACUGUAUAGAAGAUGAGAAGACAUUUCUGUUAGUCCAACAAUUGCCUUGCUAUGGUUGUAGUUAUACGUCAUUGGUGAUAUUUCCAGAUGCAGUCAGUGUCAUGUUCUAUCAGAACUGUCAUUUAUUUAUGGUUGACGCCCCUCUAGUGGUCACAGGGGUCAUUGCGUCCUUUGUUUUGUUUUUCUUAAAUUUCAUUUCUCAUGAGAGCGCCCAUACAUGCGGUCACGUUUUAGCUGCACAGUUCUACCUUUCCACUUUGUACAAUCGUGUCUUGGAAAGUAUCGGUUGUAAGUACAUCAUUUGCAGCAGCGUAUUAAUGUGUUUUGUGCACUUUGUGUUCUUUAUGCAAGUGAACGCUGGCCUCCAUUAUGUUUGCCAAGCUAAUGCUAGUUUCCUAUUAGUCCCUGUUCAUUGAUAUGUGCCAUCUUCGCUGUUAUUUUUGGUUAAGGUUAGCUUCGUGAAAGCGCUAGCACCGUUUCAAUUAAUAUGCUCUGGAAAUAUCUCCGAGCAUCACUGAUGUGCAAUGUUACAGUAUAUAUAAACAAAUGAGCACAAGCUACUUACGAAUAUCUACAAGUUAUUUACAGCUAGUUGCAUAUCAUUUAAAAGUGAUAUACUGUGUAGUACUUCAUCGCUUUGUAGCUCAACUGUCAGGUUGUUGUUUUAUAUACAUGUGAUGUCAUAUAGCAUUGUGUAAUUGGUGCUAUCUUUUGUAUCAUUUCAGUUUUACAAAAAAAAACUUGGUUUUGAGAGAAAGGAGAAUAAAAGGCCCUUCAAACUUUACUCCACCUC